CUAAUUCCAUGUGCCAUGUUGCGUGCAGGUGCCAUCGAUGUGGUUGUGGUGCGGCAAGAAGAUGGCUCCUACCUCAGUUCUCCUUUUCACGUCCGCUUCGGCAAGAUGGGCGUUCUGCGGAGCCGAGAAAAAGUGGUUGAUAUUGAAAUCAAUGGAGAGCCCGUGGACAUACAUAUGAAGCUCGGGGAGUCGGGAGAAGCCUUCUUCGUCCAAGAAUUAGAGGACAGCGAGGAAAUUAGUCCCCUCCUUGGCACCUCGCCUCUUCCACCAUCAUUCCUUCAGGAGAAACUUGAUCUUGCGAGAGCAGAGGAUGAGGAAUCGAGACCUAGGGAUUCUGGUGUUGACGAGUCCAUUUCCUCAUCUGUUGGCCAAUCGACAGUGGCAGGUGAUGAAGUGGUCACAGCCUCGCCAGAGACGGAAACAGCAGGAGAUCAAGAGUCCACUGUAUCCCACUUGACUGACAUAGGAGAUGGGGUCAAAAUCGUCAGUGUGAAAUUGUCAGAGGACCCCAAGAGCGAGAUUGGCAUUGUUAGAAUUAUCCGUAAAACGGAUGCCAAAGUAGAGAGAAGAGACCAUGGGACUCAAACUAUAAACAAUAAUAACUUAACAACUAGUAACAAGAAGGUAGAAGUCAACAACCAAGGGAAGGGACCCAACUCAAAGUCGCAAGUUGGCGAUGGUGCUGUUCAGAAACGCAAUAGUUUAAUUAUUGAUGGCCAGGGAAGCAAGACGGAUGGAGAAGAAACCGUUAGAUUGAACAAGAGCAUCCGACGCAAGCGCAAGAAGCGUUGCAAUGGAAAGAAGAGCCGACCCAAGAGCACUGGGAGCCAGUCAAGUGACACAUCGACAACAAGCGAGGUUGCAGACAUCAAUGCUGUUCUACCCAGUGGUGGUUCACCAGGGAAUCAAGAUGGAAUUUUUGUAAUGGAUGAUAUUGAGAAUAAUGAGAAGCAUUUAUUUCAAUUUUCUGUCAGUCUGGUCCAAGCACGUCUACUCCCACCUCCCACAUGGCGCAGUCGUCUUCGAUGCCGCUGCUGCGCGAGAAGUCCCGGGAGGAAGUGGUCGACGAGUGGAGUGGCUCCAUGUCCCGAUCCAUGGGGCCAGACUUCCAUCCGUUCAGUGAUACCGGACCUUAGCCCUCCACCAAGCCCAUCGAGUUCAAGACCCCCAACGCCUAUCAAGUCCGACACGGAGUAUGAGGUCGAGAGACAGCGGACGGACUUCAUCGACGGAUCUUCGCAGACAGAUGAGAACAAGUGGUCUUGGACCUGGGGAGAACUUCCCACACCACCUCCGAAGACUCCAACGCGCACUUCGUCCUCAGCUGCGGAUUCCUCAGAGAUGAAGAGCGAAAGCGAGAUGAAGAAAACAUCAAAAGGAGAGGAUGAUGAGCGGUCAGUGUUGGGCAGUAUGUUUAGCUUCAUGCGGGCUACCAAGAAAGCUCGUCACAAUCCAGAGAGUGAGGGCAUCUACCUUGAUGACCUGAAUCUGGAGGAACUAGACCCAGAAGUGGCAGCACUGUAUUUCCCCCGUAACUUCAAGGUUCCAGAAAAGCCAGGCUACAACAGCUUCUCCUCUGCAAGCGCUGCGAAGGAUGACGAUGUUGAGUCGGGUAAUGGUCCUUCCUUGCCUCAGUCUCCGCACAGUGUCGAGGGGGCGAUUGGGGGACCAAAACUGUGCAGCGAUUCAGACUUUGAAGAUUACAGGCACCCCAUCUUUGAUUACAAGGGUUACCAUGAUAUUGCCUUCUCACUGUGCGGCCGCCUCCAUGAAUAUGAGGGAGAUUUCCCGGAGAGCCUUUUUAUGCAAAGUCUAGUCACUUACGAUGAUUUUUGUGAAAAUCCACAAAUUCUCGAAAACCCUGACCUCGUUGUUAGGUUUGGGGGCAAGUACCUGAAUUGGCGCACUGUUUCACCGCAGAUUCUCUCUCUCGUGUUGUUCCAGCGACCUGUGCCUCAGAAACUCUCAGAAGCUCUCUAUAAGGAACACAUGACCAAGAAGGAGAUCAGAAAGAGGUCUGAGUCGAAGGGAUACUCUUGGUUCUCUUGGAGGCGCACCAAUCCAGAGGAUGCUGAUGCUCCUCAAAACAAAAGUGAAGAAAUUGCCGUGAAGAAGGAAGUUUCUGGUUCUUUAGAGAGCAGUGAAAAAUCAGUGACAGAGGAGAUCCUAAAUCCCAGUGAUCCAAACCUUGUUGAGGUUACAGCUGCUGAGACUCAGACCACCCCACCAGGUACCCCAAAGAAGAAGGGACUUCAUGGUCACACCCCAGGGACAGAUUCCUCCGAGUCCGAGGAUCUGGAAGAUAGGAAGGACCGCAGGCCCUCUGGAGAUCGCUACAAGAAGAGUUUGAGACUGACAUCAGAACAAAUUGAAAAGCUGAACUUGAGAGAAGGAAGCAAUGAAGCCUUAUUCUCAGUUACAACAGCCUAUCAGGGAACAACACGAUGCAAGUGCCACAUUUUCCUAUGGAAUCAUGAUGAUAAGAUUGUUGUAUCAGAUAUUGAUGGCACUAUAACAAAAUCUGAUGUGCUAGGGCAUCUGCUGCCCAUCUUGGGCAAGGACUGGGCCCAGAGUGGGGUAGCUCAACUCUUUACCAAAAUCAAGAACAAUGGCUACCAUUUCUUGUACCUGUCUGCAAGAGCUAUUGGACAGGCACGUAUCACUCGGGACUAUCUCCGCUCUAUCAAACAAGGGGACUUGUCAUUACCUGAUGGGCCUCUAUUACUAAAUCCUACAUCCCUAGUGCAAGCUUUCCACCGUGAAGUCAUUGAAAAGAAGCCGGAGGAAUUCAAGAUCUCUUGUUUAAGGGAUAUACAGGCAUUGUAUCCCCCUGGUAGAAAUCCUUUCUACUCUGGAUAUGGAAAUAAGAUCAAUGAUGUGUGGGCCUAUCGUGCUGUAGGAAUUCCCAUUUCCCGAAUAUUUACCAUCAACCACAGAGGCGAGCUAAAGCAUGAAUUAACUCAGACAUUCCAAUCCUCGUACUCAAACCUCAGUGACAUAUCGAACCACAUGUUCCCUCCUGUUGCUCAUCAGGAGACACUGGGCGAAUACUCUUCCUUGCAAUACUGGCGGGCACCCUUGCCUGACGUGUCCACUGAAAUAGAAGCAGUCCUUUCAGAGGAGAGAGGGAAAUAGUGAUCAUGUUGGAACCUUAAACUUUUCAGUGGUGGAAUGAAAAUGUUGCGUCUGCAAUGUACGAGUGAGUAGUGGAGGGACCAGCCUCAGACAUUCCAAGAAGAACAAAGAUUCUAAUUGUGCUUUACAUCAAGGAAAGGAAUUGCUGAUUUACAUUUGAAGUAUAAUUGUAAUGGAGCCUGUUGAAGUUUUCUCUGAGGUUACAGGUUUCAGUUCAAGAAGGAUUGCAGUGUUUGAAUACUGUUAACAUGUACAUUACAUGUGGGCUGCUUACCUCAGGGAUGGAUAUUAAUUUAUUGUGGUUGCUGAAUAAGCCGAUUGAUUUCCACAAAUAUGAUGGUAUGUUCUUUUUUUUAUAAGGCUGAUAAACAAGGUUAAGACAAACCUGUGAUUAACUGGGAGUUCGUUUAGGAAACAGGCAAAAAGACAGGACAUUGUACAUCAGUAAGAUUUUUUUUUAGCAUCGUCAGACUGAUAACCUACCAACACUUUUGAUAAGAUUAAAGUGAAUUCAAUGGGUGAAUACUGUGGAUGGAGGGUUUCAUUUCGUUUGUGAGAAAUAUUACAUGAAAAAGGAUAACUUGAAAUUAAUAGGUGUGUUAAAGUACAUGAAAACAAAAUUUGUCAUUCCUAGCAUUUAUAUUGGUGUAAGUGAUUAGUUAUUUAUCAUUCUCUUUGUCACUUCAAUUUUUCUAUUGGGUACUAUAGAUAAAAAAUGAAGAUUAAAAUUGCAGGUGUCAGAUUUUGGAAAUUAUGUAGAGAAACCAGUGAUUGUAAAAUUAUGCAACUGAAGAAUAAUAUCUACAUGUGACUGGACUUAGAAUGAUAUUCUUUCUUUAUAAUAAGUGAUAUCUGGUGUUGUAGGUUUAAGUUCAGAAAUUUGCAUAUCAGUUUAGUUUUAUGUGUUAUUCAGGGAAAUUAAGUAUAUAUUUAUUUUUUUGUACAGUUCUAUGUUUUGUCUGGUCUAUAUUCAUUCAUUUCCAUCUCAUUCUUGCAUUAUCAGAAUCUGAAGCCAUUUAUUUGAUUUGAAUUUCCAUAUUUAUUACAUGUGCAGCUUUUGUAUUGUCUAGUUACUAUCAAGCUGCUUUUCAUCAACACCAUAUAAUACUGUAUGUAUUUAUAUUCCUUUACAGUGUAGGGAUUAAAUAAUGUAAUUUGAAGCAUCUCAUUUGAAAGUUAACAGGCUACAUCAGCUGUGAUUCUCAAGUAGUCAGAGGAUGUUCUAUAAGCUUGGGGAGUUGUUGCACAUAUGUGAUAAAAAAAACAGUUAGUGCUGUCAACUGUGAUCUGUUGAAGACAUCCACCAAGGUGCUGUAUAUAACAUGAAGUGUUGAUUAUUUCAAAUUCUCAAUUGGUUUGCAGAUGUUCCAGAAUCAGAGUAAACAGUGUUGUGUACAAGUGUGUGAGUUUACACAGGCAUGUGGGGAUCUGUCAGAAGUUGUAUAUGUUGAUGUGCAGUACUGUGACCUUGCAUCCAUUUGUUGCUUUGAUUCUGUUAUGUAAAACCCUUGUUUCAGGAAUGGAGAUUUCAUUUUCAUGUGAAAGAUGAAUCUGAACUGUUUCAUAGAUAUUUCUUAAGAACAAUUCACUCUGUUUUGAAAUUCGUUCAUGGUCAGGAGAGAUGAUCAGAAGGCACAAUUGUUGUAGGGUGGUAAUAUAUUGGAAAAUCCAUUUUGGUUCAAAGAGAAAAGAAACAUUUAUUCUGAACCAUUGGAAGCCAGUGCAAAAUUUCAAAAGAACAUUAAUUUGUAGUCACAAAAAAUUAUCACUCUGGUUUAAAAAAAGCAGGAAAGAAGACAAAAAAGAUUAUACAGCAGAGUAGAUAUUUAAUUACCAAAUUACCAGUGGUUUCUAAAGAGUGAAAAUUAUCAUUGAAUGAAAGAAAUGUGUUGUUGGUAUCAGAAUGAGUAACAUAUGUAGCAUGAAUGGAAAACCUCUCUAAUAGCUUGUGAUUUACUUAAUGGUAUGUGAUACAUCAUAGUGUAGAUUGAGAAUUUAUACACAAUUACCCUUGCCUUCAUUUCAUUGGCUUCUUUACACAUGGAGAUUUGUGAAAAUGUCUUAACUUUUAAAUCACUUUGUUUUAUAGUCCAGUGUACUGGAAUAUGAUAAAAGGAUACAGUAUGUGUGCUCUCAUUUAUUCUGAAUAUAACAGUGUCAUAUUUAGUUACUUUUCAAUGAGGAUUUUUUUUUUUUUUGCAUAUGUUGUGUGCAUCUUUUGUACAAAUCUUUUUGCUUGUAUCAGGCAAAUAUAGGGUUAAGUUUUAUGAUAGUAUCAGAUUGAUUUUUGCAAAUAUAGCUUUUAAGAAUUGUUUUCAGUGAAGUGUAAAUCAAGUUUUGUGUCUUUUUACGAGAUGAUCAAGGGCCACUGAGAUGUCAGCAAGUGGAGUAGGUAGAACAAUGUAGGUCCUAAAACUGAGUUCAAUUUGACAUGUAAUCUGUUACCACUGUAUCUGUUACAAGUUUUCUCUUUGUAUUUAAAUGGCAUUUAUAUUCAUAGUCUAAAAGAUACAGAACAAAAGAACAGGAACAAUUUGCAAUAACAUUUGGGGCAUACUGGAUCGUAUUUUCAUUUUCAUCCCUCACGACCUUGGGAAGGAAGCUAAUACUCACAUGGAAGUAAUGUAAAUUCCUCUAAUUUUGCAUUGACAUGUGUACUUUAGUUGAAUAUUUAAGUAUUAUAUUAUUUAUAUGUAUAGAGGGUUUUCCCAAAUCAGUGUUCACCAAUUCCUCAUUCACGUGACCAAAAUGUUAGCAGUAUUAUGCUUUAGAUGUGCUUUUUCAGUACUGGCUUCAUAAUUAGAAGUGGUGCAAGUCAAUAUUGGCUAGAUAAGUUUUUUUUUUAAUGAAAAUAACUUCACCUAGUUGGAAAAUUUCUGUAUGGAGGAUCUCUAUCCAUUUGGAAUCUAGAGUAUAUGUUGCUUGGAAAAUUUACAUGUCCCAUAAGAAAUUGAGCCAGAUGUAUAGCAUUUAAAAAUGGAAUGAAACAUCUAUUUUGUUUUUAUUGGUCAUUAGUCAUAGUAAAGCAAAAUAUGGAUUUUCUUGUAGCACAUCUUAUUAGAUGAAAAAUAAUAAUUAAGAUAGGCCAAGUUGUAAAGUGGUGAGCUGUAAGUUGACACCUUUUUAUUGUCAUUGGCUCAAUUCACUGCAUUUUUUGCUAGGCGUUUAGCACUGCUCCAGUUCUGCAUUUCCAUAAAAUUCUUUAGAGAUCACAUAUUCCUACUACACUGAAUGUGUUCCUCUAGUUACAUUGCUGACAGUUUGACCGAAGAAGGUCUACGUCUUACAUGCUUAUUUUAUUUGCUGUCUUGUGAUAUGCUCAUGUCAAUAAAUUAUAAACAUUAAU